AUGGCAAAUAAUGUAUUUUCUCCAAGAUCUCCCUCCUUUGACAGGCGCAUUAGUUACCCUGAAGAUCUCUCAGAGGAUCUAGCCACACCUUUCUCCAAGAGAUCCAGGGGUAGACCUAAAGGCUCCAAGAACAAACCUACACCACCUACCAUGAUCAUGGUAGACCCUGAAACCUUCAUGGAACCUAUUCUUAUUAAAAUUCCUGUUGGAAAAGAUGUCAUCGAGUCGAUAAGAAAGACAACACGUUGUCAUCAAGCUGAUAUAUUAGUGUUGAGAGGUUCUGGUCUUGUCUCUGAGGUUACACUUCUCAACUCGGCGUCUCUAAACUCUCCAUUCACUAUCAGAGGAAACUUGCAAAUGACAUCUCUUACUGGAACUUACUUUAAUCCAGAUUCUGAUCGUGUUCCUUCGGAGUUUGUCGUCGACCCUGCAUAUUCUUCUUUUACCAUUUUCUUGUCUGAUAAUCAUGGUCAAGUAUUUGGUGGAGUUGUUAGAGGAAAGGUUAGGGCUGCAAGUGUUGUUUUGAUUUCUGCCACUCUUUGUAGGAAGCCAAAGUUUUAUAGGAUGACCUCCAACAAUGGAAACCACCGUGAAGAUAAAAAGGUUGAUCCAAGACUUGAUGGUGCUGUCGUCCAUAAUGAUGUUGUUCCACAACAUAACGACAAAAACAACAUUGCCAAUGUGUCCAAUGCUCAUGCACUGGCACAACCCCACUUUUACUAA